AUUUAAAAAUAUUCACAAAUUUCGGAACAAAACAUUCUGUUCUUUAAAAUUCUUUGUGUAAAAUGGACUAUCAGGAGUAUUUGCAGAAGCAGUUGGUCAUUUUCAAUUAUCAUCUGCACAAUGACUUCGGUUUGAUGAUCAAGACGGCCACGUGUAUUGCCUUUGGAGCCGUGUGUGGCUGGAUUAUCAGCUUGUUUACGUUUUUAAUCUACAAAUUGGCCAUAAAACUCGGAGUUCGGCCCAUCAUGUAUAGCGAAAAUAUGUACGACGAUCUUGAUCUGGAUGAUGAGGAGGAGUUCGACAUGAUUCAUCCUGGGUAUCGGGACUGGAACGAGUGGUUUUUCUCGAUUGGCACGGAAACACGAAAUACAUGAAUAUGGGGAUUGAUAAAUUGUGCCAAGUAGAGACCAAGCUAGAGACUCGAACAUUACAUAUUUAAUAAAUCAUUGCGUUAAUAUUUUAA